CGUACCCUUGUGAUGCAACCGGGACGAAAGGCAUUGUGGGUUGCAUGAGGUGAACGUUGUGCACGACAUUGAAGGGAGCUUGUUUCUGUCAAGCUUUAAUAGGUGUAUGGUCGGACAGUGACGAUGACCGAGACUGUGUCCAACCACAUGGGCUCAGUGAAGGUCGAGACCUUCUCUUCCCCAGAAUACAGCUCUGGAUCUGCACCACCACGGAGCUGUCCCAUGCAUCAGGACCACAAACAAAGUGCUCCUCCCCCAGAAUGCCCCAUGCACAAGGCGUCUGCACCAAAGACUUCCCCUUCUGUCCCAGAGACUCCUGCUCAUCAGGACCGAGCCUAUGAGUUUGUAGAGUGUCCAAUGAAGGCAGCAAGAGGAGAGAAUGGAGCAAUGUCUGACAUAAACCCUGCAAACAUGAUGCCCCCGCCCAACCAGACGCCAGCAGCUGGUCAGCCUUUCCCUCUGUCUGUGAACAGACAAGAGUCCACAAUCCCCCGGGCCGGGUCUGAACAGAACUGGGUCUACCCAUCAGAACAGAUGUUUUGGAACGCAAUGCUACGCAAAGGAUGGCGCUGGAAUGAGGGUGACAUUGGACAGAAGGACAUGAAAAGCAUCAUCAAGAUUCACAACCAGAACAAUGAGAUGGCUUGGCAGGAGAUCCUCAGAUGGGAGGCUCUUCAUUCAAAAGAGUGUCCUUGUGGUCCAACUUUGGUUCGGUUUGGAGGUAAAGCAAAGGAGCUCACACCAAGAGCCAAGUUCCGCCAUUGGAUGGGGCAUGAAUUACCAUUUGACAGACACGACUGGAUUGUAAAUCGUUGUGGAAAAGAGGUCCGUUACGUCAUAGACUACUACGAUGCUGGUCUCUCCACCAAACACACCAUUCUAGAUGUGCGGCCUGCUCUAGACUCCAUUGGAGCAGUGUGGGACCGCAUGAAAGUUGCAUGGUUUCACUGGACCUCCUCAUGACUCCUGACCAGUAGGGGGCAUUGGUCACUAUCAACAAUUCAUGUAUUCUGCCAGAGAAAAACUAAUACCCAUUGUGCUUUGAAAUCAACUUCUGCAUCUUUCACCAGUCAACCUUUAAGCAAUAAUUACCAGUGAUGCUUCUGAGAGGUGGCCUUAGUUGGCCUUGCUUUGGUCCUAGGGUAGAAAUUCCAUAUUUUGUUUUUAAAUUCAUUUGAGUAUCUGAAUAGAGGAUUGACGGCACAUAGUGUGGUUUAUAGAUGGCUGAACACACCUUAGUGAAGGCGAUUUAUUCAUUUCAUGGGAGAAUGCAAUGCAUAGUAUUUCUUAUACAUCAAUUGUGGAUACAGGAAACUGUCAUGAUAUUCAACUCAUCUAUAAUAAGGUGUGAGUUUCAAGAGUACAUGGUUUGAAGCUUCCUUUUUGGAUAUGUUGAUAUCGUAUGAUUCUCUUGCUUGGAUGCAUAUGUUUAUUUUAUGCACAUUAUUUGUUGCCAGAAUUCUAAACAGUUAAAACACAUACAUAACUGAAUAGUUAUGAUUUUUUGUCUGAGCUGUCACAUAAUAAAAUGUUAUUUAUUUGUAAUCAC